GGAUGGGCGGACUGUCGUGAUCGUUUGGAACGGCAGCGUGUUCGUGCCGCCGUUAGGGUCGCUACGGCGGCAGCUUUGUGCCUGUGGGGGAGAGGGGGAGCGAGAUGGAGGCGCUGAGGAAGCAGGCGAGCAAGUUCAAGGAGCAGGUGGCCAAGCAGCAGCAGGCUGUUAUAAAGCAGUUCAGUACUACUGGUUAUGAGUGUUCAGAUGCUGUUGUAAUUGAUGAGGUUGAACUACAGAGGCAUCAACAACUUGAAAAGCUGUAUAGUUCUACUCGUUCUGGAAGGGAUUUCCAGAAAGACAUAGUUAGAGCAGCUGAAGGCUUGGUGUCUGUUGGAAGCAAGCAUAUUGAAGUGGGAACAAAAUUUUCAGAGGACUGCUUUAGAUAUGGAGGUGAAAAUAAUGCAAGCGAUGAAGCCCUUGCCAAAGCGACAUCACUAUACGGAGGUGCUUUGAGAAACGUUGAGAAAGAGUAUGAAGAUUUCAAUAGAAAUUUAUCUUCUCAGACCAUAGACCCAUUGAGGGCAAUGGCCAUGGGUACUCCUCUGGAAGAUGCUCGUGGUCUUGCACAGCGCUAUAGCCGGAUGAGACAUGAAGCUGAGAUCCUCUCCGCUGAAAUUGCUAGAAGAAAGGCACGGGUAAGAGAAGCUCCAAUUGCUGAGCACACUACAAAACUUCAACAGUCCGAAGCUAAAAUGAUAGAGCACAAAGCAAGCAUGGCUGUGUUAGGAAAGGAAGCAGGAGCUGCACUUGCUGCUGUUGAAUCUCAGCAGCAACGGGUAACCCUUCAGCGGCUGGUUGGCAUGGUAGAAGCAGAAAAGUUAUUCCAUUUGAGGUUAGCUGCUAUACUUGAUGACGUUGAAGCUGAGAUGUCUUCUGAGAAGCAAAGGAGAGAAUCUGCACCACCUACUAUUCCUUCCCUUAAGCGUGCUGAGAAAUCCCAGUACUUCCUUGCCGAGGUGCAAAUGAGUAACCGGAAGCAGGGCAUAACUUCAAUGGCACCACAGAGAAAGAACUGAGCUUAAUUGUUGGUGAUUAUGUUGUUGUUCGUCAGAUUGCUCCCAAUGGUUGGGCCGAAGGAGAAUGCAGAGGGAAGGCAGGGUGGUUCCCAGCUGCCUAUGUUGAGAGGCGCGAAAAUAUACCCCCGAAUAAAGUUUUCCCACAAGCAUAAGAUCAUAAGGUGGGCCGGUGUGCAGUUUGGUGUGACUUGACCACGGCUUUGGGGGAGAGCUGUAAGCCUGUAAACUUAUGACCGGUUUGAUAAGUGUUGUAUCUUGUACAUCAUAUAUUCUUGUGGUGGUCAAGAUUUUGGGCAAGUCUGUUUGCACCUGCCUGCGCACAUUGAACAUGUCGCUUUGCAUUUGUAUAACUAUCGUCAAUGUAUCUACCAUGUGCUUGCCGCAGCAGGACUGAGCUUGACCCAUUACUGCUAAACGCCUUUGGAUUGUAAAGUGACUGUUGCGCUAAUCUUAUUCGUUAUGAUUCUUAUCAGUGAUUCGUUCUGUUC